AUGGAAAGGGGUUGCCGGUGGUUUGCUCUUGGAGAAAUCGUCGCCAGCUACAGUUGCGUCAAAACGACAUCAAACACGGACAGUUCUGUACGCGGCUACGCUCGAAACGGUGAGGUGGAGACAGCGGCUGGAAUCGAGGUGGGAUCAUGGCGAACUGCAGAGAUGGGUGGCGGUAGGGAGGAUCCCUGCACGAUCCCAACCGCUACGCUCCACCGCGAAGCUUCGAGCGCAGCCGCUUUCGCAACUGUUCGUGCCUCAUGUCGUUUUGACGCAACUAUGCAUGCUUGA